AUGUCAGACAAGUCUGCCCCGUCCCAAUGCCUGGGUCCAAACUACCGCGCCGAGGGUGAAAAGCCCACAGCCACAGUGUCCAAGAAAGUCCGCCAUGACAACGUCCACGUCCUACCGCAGACACCUCAGCUCAUUGCUCUGCUGACUAUGAUCCGUGACCACCGCACCAACCGUGCCGAUUUCAUCUUCUACUCGAAUCGUAUCAUCCGUCUGCUCGUCGAGGAAGGCUUGAACCACCUGCCAGUCAUUCAGCAAGAGAUCACUACUCCCGUCGGCCGCCAUUACAAUGGUGUCAAGUUUGAGGGCAAGAUUUGCGGUGUCAGCAUCAUGCGCGCCGGUGAAUCUAUGGAACAAGGUCUACGCGAUUGCUGCAGAAGCGUACGCAUUGGCAAGAUUCUGAUCCAGAGAGACGAGGAGACGAGCCAGCCUCGUCUCUUCUACGAAAAGUUGCCCGAAGACAUCAAGGACAGAUGGGUUCUCUUGCUGGAUCCUAUGCUCGCUACCGGCGGUUCUGCUUUGAUGGCUGUCGAGGUUUUGAGACAAAAGGGCGUGCCAGAGGAUCGCAUCCUCUUCCUCAAUCUCAUUGCCAGUCCUGAGGGUGCCGACAACUUUGCAGAGAAGUUCCCCAAAGUAAGAAUUGUCACCGCCUUCAUCGACGAAGGCUUAGAUGAAAAGAACUACAUCGUCCCGGGUCUUGGAGACUUUGGAGAUCGAUUCUACACUCUGUAG